AUGGGAAGAAAAAAGAAAAGCCAUCUAGAGGUUAUCAUGGAAGAUGUGGGAAUUGAGAUUGAUGGCCAUUUGGAAACAGAUUCAGAUACUGAUGAAGAAGAAGAAGAGGAUGAAAGAACAAAAAGGAAGACAAGGGGCAUGAAGUCACUACAAAGAGGAAAUCAAAGCGAUGAUGACGACAGUGAGGAAGAUUCACCGAAAGGAAACAGGAGGGCAAGAAACAGAUCAAAUCUGAAAAGUAGGAAAAAGGAGGAUGAUGAUGAUGAAGAUGAUGAUGAAGAUAAAAAUGAAGACAUUAGCAAUGGGAACAAACGUGGUUAUAGAAACAGGGGAAGAAAAACAACCAAUAUCAAAGUAAAAGGUGAAGAGGAUUGUGAGAAAAAAAUGGGGAAAAAACGUGACCAGCAGAAGGAAGACAAAAGGAACAACAGCGAUUCACAGUCUUCCUCCUCAUCUUCUGAUGAAGAAUCUAUGACUGAAGAAGAAAUGGUAGUACUGAUGGAACAAGUAGAAGAAAAGAAAAAACUGAUAGCCACCAUUAGGAACAAGCCCUGGCGCAUGAAGAAGAAACUCUGUGUGUUAAGGGAUGCUCAGAAGUUUGUGGAGAAGUUUGAAGGAGCCUUGGGAAAGGGUAAAGGAAAGAAAUUCUAUGCAUAUAAAGUAAUGAUGUUGAAGAAAUGGAUAAAGUUUAAAAGGGACUUUGAAAAUUUUAAAACAGCUUGCAUUCCAUGGGAAAUGAAGAUAAAGGAAGUGGAAAGUCAUUUUGGUUCAUCUGUAGCCUCAUACUUUAUAUUCCUGAGAUGGAUGUACGGAGUGAAUUUAGUAUUAUUUGGUCUAAUAUUUGGCCUAGUGGUAAUACCAGAGAUUCUAAUGGGUUUGCCUUAUGGAAGUUUACCCCGUAAAACUGUUCCAAGAAAAGAUGAGAAAACUGCCAUGGAUUUCUCAGUGCUUUGGGAUUUUGAGGGAUAUGCCAAAUAUUCUGUUCUUUUUUAUGGAUUCUACAAUAACCAACGUACAGUCGGUUGGUUAAAAUUUAGGCUGCCGCUGUCUUAUUUUCUGGUUGGUGUUGGGGUAUUUGGAUACAGCCUUAUGGUGGUCAUUAGAACUAUGGCUAGUAACGCCAAUGAAAGCACAGGAGAUGGCGAUGAUGGGAAUUUCAAUUUUAGCUUUAAGAUGUUUACCAGCUGGGACUAUUUGAUUGGAAACCCAGAGACAGCAGAUAAUAAAUUUGCAUCAAUAACUACCAGCUUUAAGGAAUCAAUUGUAGAUGAAGAGGAAAGCAAUAAAAAUGAAAAUAUCCACCUUACAAGAUUCCUCCGUGUCCUGGCCAAUGUCAUGAUAAUAUGCUGCUUGUGUGGGAGUGGCUAUCUCAUCUACUUUGUAGUCAAACGCUCACAGACUUUCUCCAAAAUGCAGAAUGUUGGAUGGUACGAAAGGAAUGAGGUUGAAAUUGUCAUGUCCUUGUUGGGGAUGUUUUGCCCACCAUUAUUUGAAACUAUUGCAAAUUUGGAAGAAUACCACCCUCGUGUGGCACUGAAGUGGCAGCUGGGCAGGAUCUUUGCUCUCUUCCUUGGAAAUCUUUAUACAUUCUUAUUAGCUCUGAUGGAUGAUGUCAAUGACAAACUAGCUCAAGAGGAAAUCAUAAAGAAUAUAACCUACUGGACUUUAUACAACUACUACAACUCAUCUAUAUUUACAAACACCACCCCACCUCCUCUACAUCCUGCUGAUGUGCCUAGAGGUCCUUGCUGGGAAACCAAUGUUGGAGUUGAGUUUGUUCGUUUGACAGUAUCAGACAUACUUGUCACAUACGUCACCAUCCUUGUUGGGGAUUUCCUCCGUGCCUGUUUUGUCAGAUUUAUGAACUACUGUUGGUGCUGGGACUUGGAAGCAGGCUUUCCAUCCUAUGCUGAAUUUGACAUAAGCGGCAAUGUGCUUGGGUUGGUCUUCAAUCAAGGAAUGAUUUGGAUGGGCUCCUUUUAUGCACCUGGAUUAAUUGGAAUAAAUGUUCUCAGAUUGCUUACAUCUAUGUAUUUCCAGUGCUGGGCAGUCAUGAGCAGUAAUGUUCCUCACGAGCGUGUCUUUAAAGCAUCGAAAUCAAACAACUUCUACAUGGGCCUUUUACUCCUUAUUUUAUUUCUGAGUCUACUGCCGGUAGCCUACACAAUCAUGUCUCUGCCACCAUCCUUCGACUGUGGACCUUUCAGUGGUAAAAAAAGAAUGUUCGAUGUUAUCCAAGAAACCAUGCAAAAUGACUUCCCACCGUUUGUUGCCAAAAUUCUCAGUUCAAUUGCAAAUCCUGGACUGAUUAUACCAGCGAUACUUCUAAUGGUACUUGCUAUUUAUUACCUCAAUGCUGUUUCAAAGGCUUACCAACAAGCAAACUUAGAUCUGAAGAAGAAAAUGCAGAUGCAAAGAGAAGAGGAAAAAAAUAAAAGAAACAACAAUACCCAAGCUAAUUCUGUAAUGAGAGACCUAGAAGAAUUACUUCCUCCAAGUGCAAGAAAUGCCCUUGGACUUCAAGCAGCUGGAAAUGACAAUCAGCCUUGCUCCUCACAAAUACAUCCUUUUCCAGGGACAACAGCUACAAAUAACAGCGGAUCUGGAUUAGCAAAAAAGGAAGGGUCACUAAUGCCAGCACCUCGUAUAGCUGUUACAAGCCCUCCUCUGCCAAGACAAAUGGGCCCACCUAUAGAGAUGAAUGACAUCUCUAUUCUUCUACCACCAUCCUACACUUACCCUACAUCCUACUCUUACCCUACAUCUUCCUGCACAUCAGGCCCAGACUCGCCAUCUGACACACCAGGCAAAUACCCGAUUGGCCGCUGGCCAACCUCACCUCAUACUCCAUCACUCUCAUGCUCCAGUGGCAGAUCAGGUGCUACAGUGGCAAAACCUAAGGAACAUUCGUCAGAUUUAAAAAUGACAAAGAAGCCCGAGCAAAAUAGGCAGCAACAGGCCUGUCUUGACAAGGAAGGAUUCUCUGCAAAUCAAAGAGCACAUAACACCUUUCACACACGGACCUGGAGGAGUGAACCAGCAGCAUUGGACAGGAUUGAUGAUGUAUUUUAUCAGCUUCUUGAUGAUUGUACCAUCCGCUCCUUUCUGGCUAAGGACAGAUGCCGGAGGAUUUCAGACAAGUACCUGUUAGCCAUGGUUGUAAUCUACUUCAGGAGAGCUGCCCUAGAAAGAAGAGAGUACACCAGGGGAAAUUUUUAUGUCGCAUUGUUUCUUGCUAACAAGAUGGAGGAGGAGGUACCCUUUAAUUAUGGGAUAUACCUUUGGGCCCUAGGAAAAUCAUGGAAGAACCAGAGGAGAACAUUCCACAGUAGGAUGGUCCAGCUCUGGGUGAGGAUGGGCCACCAAGCCCUGGUGAGCAGAACUAUAUGUGAGCAGGCAAUGGCAGAAAACCCAGGCCACUGGGCUUGGCAAAGACAAAGGGAAGAGCAUCAUAGCUGGGCUAUUAGAAAUCAUGUCCGAAACAGGGAGGAAUUCUUCCUCUGUGGCCGAUUGAACACUCCUCCUCGAUGCCAUCUGUGCCAUCUUUUGAAUGACCAAGACAGCUCCUUCCACUCCAACCAGGGAGCACAAUGGGGAGUUGUUUCAAAAGUAUCAUUUAUAUUGUUGGAAGUCUUACUGCUCAUGUUGGUUAAUUACUGGAUUGUGAAGAAGGAUAAUGGCAUGGAAGACCAAUCAUCAAAGUAG